AUGAAGUCGACAUCUCCGAAUAUCCUUCCUGCAUUCGAGCAAUUGGGGCUGUACGACGAUCUCAUGUCCUUCUCCAAGCCAGCGCUCAGGAACACCUUUUUUACUGGUGACCUCAAAAUUAUUGGCAAGACCAGUACCCUCACAACCGAGACAGUGGGGUACGAUCGUAUCUUGAUGGCUCGUCCAGACUUGUACAACAUGUUGUACAAACUCAUCCCUCCACACAAGAUCCACCUGUCCAAGAAGGUCUUCUCGUUUCAACAGAACCACGAAGGUGUUAUGCUCCGAUUCAGCGACAAUUCUACCGUUCACGGCGAUAUCCUUGUUGGCGCAGAUGGAGCACACAGCGCCGUUAGACAACACUUGCACAAGACACUGGACAAGCAGGGGCUUCUGUCCAAGGCGGACACCAAGGCUAUGAGUAGAGGGUAUAUUUCCCUUGUUGGCACCACAGACGAACUGGAUCCUGUCAAGUACCCGGGAGCGUUGGACGAGGACUCGGAGAGUUUCUACAUCAUCGGCGACAAGAAGACGCCCUAUACUGUAAGCUCACACGACCCCGCUGAAGAGUAUUGGGUUACGUUCUUCGUCCCCGGGAACAAGAUCUGCUGGUCCGUCAUCAUCCAGAUCGGAAUAGCCGAGAUCGCCGACGAACAGUUCAAGUCCUCGGACUGGGUCCCUCAACAGAACCAAAAGAUGCUGGACUCGAUCCGUCAUUUCAAGACACCUUACGGCACCAUGGGGGAUCUUUUUGAUGUCACGCCCAUUGAGCGCGUGUCCAAGGUCUACUUUGAGGACAUGCUGUUUGAGACGUGGAACCAUGGACGGACGGUCUUGAUCGGCGACGCUGCACACAAGCUACUUCCAAGCAGCGGAGCAGGAGCAGUGAACGCUAUGCAGGACGCCGUCCUCCUCGCCAACCACCUGUACGACAUCAAGCCCACAUGCUUCGAGAACAUCAAAAAGGCACUCUGUGAAUACAAAGAGGAGCGCUUCGAGGCCAUCAAGGACCAGUACCCCCAGUCGUACGUUGCCGCAAAGCUGAUCUACGGACACACUUUCUCGGAACGAGCACUGAGACAAGUCGUGUUCAAUUGGAUGCCCAAGUCGAUGCAAAUGAAGCAAUUACUCAAGGAUACGGCCUACCGCCCCCAGGCAAAUUUUUUGCCUCCUGCACCCAAGCGCGGGACUAUGGAGACUGUUCCCCAGAAGCCCUCAAGACGUAUCCAGGAGGAAGCUGAGGCUGCCAAGAACAAAGUCGCUGAUGUGGUUGUUCCUCUUUGA